AUGUCAGCCAGAAAGGGCUAUCUUCUCCCUUCGCCAAAAUACACUACAAUAAUGGCAUGUUCGGACAGCCCGGCAGGAAAUGCAUUCUUAGUGGACUCUCUUAUCAGUACCCGGACAGACAGCGGAGUGGGGCACUAUCCAGUGAGCGGUGUAUGUGUGCCCCAUAACACCAGCACAGAGGUGCCUUACGGACUACAGAGUUGUGGAUACUACCCAGGUAUAGUCAAACGGAACGAGGUGGGUCCCCAAAAUAUGAUGUCCGCAUCAGGCGCAUACAUGUCAGGCAUGGAGAUGUGGAUGGACGCGCAGAGGUCGUGCCGAAUGGACCAGGAACAAACUGUGGGUCCCCAGGUUGCACCCUGCUCGUUCUCUCAGAACAUUAAAGAAGAGAGUGCAUACUGCCUCUACGAACCGCAGAAAUGCCAGAAAAGCUCGACCGCCGAAGACCUCACGUACUCUAGGCUAACCACAGCUGGUUCAAUUUCGGGCUCGUGCACAGUCGCGGACGGAGGAGGCAGGGGUACAGUGCCUGUUCCGGGCUACUUCCGCUUGUCUCAGACACACGCACAUUCUCAUAAACUUUACCACGGCCCCCAGUCGAACCCUUCCCAUUCUCACUUUGGCCUACACCCCCCUGCCCCGACUCGCUACCACACCCCACCACCUCCGACGUCCUCUGACCUAGCCACGGCGCACGAGAAGAGAAACACCGAGGAGAUCGUCUCCUCGGCAAACGUGCCCCUCCAGACUCAUGCUCCACCAGGAGACGAGGAAGCACGAGCGUCCUCUGAUGCAGAAUCUUUGUCUCCUGACGAACCAGAGGAGGUAGACAGAGAACGACCAAGGAGGACCAUUGACGGAGAUACAAAAAGUGAAAACAGAGCCAACUGGCUGACAGCAAAAAGCGGCCGGAAGAAACGUUGUCCUUACACCAAGCACCAGACUUUGGAGCUCGAGAAGGAGUUCCUCUUCAACAUGUACCUGACUCGCGAGCGUCGCCUAGAGAUCAGUAGGAGCGUGCACCUGACUGACAGACAGGUCAAAAUAUGGUUCCAGAACCGCAGAAUGAAAUUGAAGAAAAUGACACGGGAAAACCGGAUUCGGGAGCUCACGUCUAAUUUUGUUUUUUCAUGAUGACGGAAAUAUAGAAUUUCACUUCCCCUGAAUGAGUUAGUUGCAAGUAUUAGGAGGCAAGUCUCUAGGCCUAAUAGACACGCCUCGUUUGUGCAUCGUCCUAUGUACGUUACUGAUAAAACGUGAAUGCUGUUCUGUUGCUGUGUAUGGUGGUGUACAUUGUUUUAUUGAUUCAGUUUUGUUUAUGUUUGCCCGUUUGGAUAGGGGUCGUGUAUAAGUAAGUCUAAAGGAUGGAAUUUGGGCAAAAAGCAGUAGUCUGGUUAGAUUCUAUUCUAUUGAGGGGCCUAUGUAUUUAACUAUAAAAGUAGGCCUACAUUUAUUUGGUCUUUCCAAAUAUAUUACAUAUAUUUGUGACCAUUCUCUGAAUUGAUAGCAUGCACCAAAACGAUGCUGAAGCCUUCUACCUUAUUUGACAAUGUGUAGACCACACAAAACAUUGACGGCAUGGAAUACGUCUGAUCUAUUUGAUAAAUCUUCACUAAAAGGCUAGACGUAGCCAACAAAUUAUGUGAUCAUUAAGGAUAGCCUAAAUGUAGCCUACAUUACAGAAUUGCUCCUUCAUGUUGAAUAGCUUUGUGUUUUUGGCCAAACUGGGGGAAUUAUCGGCUACAUGAUCAGUCAAUCACGAGUUUAUUGUUGUGUAAAGUACGCUAUUCUGUAAAU